AAUUGUGGUUUUCGAAGUACAAACACAGACAGCCAGAAAAUUCUGGCUAAGCCAUACCCCACAAUUUGUUUAUGUUUGCUAAUAGAGAUGCUUUCUACGUGUCAUUAUCUUCAUACACCAAUGCCUAACCCCCAACCCACCACGUUUUACGUCACAUAUCGUAAUGCCUUAGACUUUCAACAACAUAACACUCACCUAGGAGGACCGAGAACAAGCAAAUUCUUGUACAUUCGUUGUGGGGUUUUCAAAGUUUGUUCCUUUCAUGGUUCUUUUGGUGAAUUGUGGGAGCAAGAUUGAAUUUUUAGCGUUAUUAUGGAUUUGAGCCAUGAGUUCUGGAGAGUGCCUUUAGCGUGAUGAUGCUGUAAGGUCUGGUUAAUGAUAUUGGUGUGGUUUUGAGAGUACAGUUCAAAUGUGAAUUUACCAAUGCUGAUGCGUGAACACACUAACAAAAUGGUGAUAAUGAAAAGAUAGUAACGUCAAGAAGUGAUCCCUUUUUGAAAAUUUGAAAGAACCCUGCCCGAAAAAUAAGAAAUGGGGUUACCACAAGUGCCUUCAGGCUGCAUUGCUGAGGAAGUGGCAGCAUCACUAGGCACAUUUGUUCAAACUGCACCUAGAAUUGCCAACAUAAGCAACUAUGAGUUUCACUUGUUAGCCGGAGAAGACAUAGAUAAUUGCAGGCAAAUUGAUAUACUUAACUCUGAAAGAAAAAAUAUUCUAGAGCCUUCAAAGGAAUCACAUAUUUCAAGUAUGUGUAAAGAUGGUAAAUUGAAGAUUGACCCCAUGGAACAAAUUGGUAGGUUGUCUGUCAAUGCAGGGCAAACUAUGCAGACACCUAUUUCUAGGACUGUAGGUUUUCAAAUAAGAACAUCCACCCCUCGUGUUAAUGGUUUUGGUGGAAAUGGAUAUUCGUCAACUGUGUUUAAUGUCACCAGUGAUGCAAAUGAUGCAUCUGAGUCACAAGUCAGAAAGAGGUUAUUGUCGCCUUUGAAUGGGAUUCUGCUUGCAGAUCAUUUUAAAAUUGAUCCCCUGGACAUUGGUAAUGGUAUUUAUCAAAGUUGUUCAAAGGCUGGUGAUGAUAAUUCUAAUACUUCACAGGGGUAUAAGAAGGUUCAUGUUGGAAAUUACAACAAUAUUCACUCCAAGAUCUGGCCUUCAUGUUUUCAGGAAUUUUCAUAUUCAUCCUGUGAUGACUCUACUAUAAACCAUAUUGUAUCUAGUCGUGACCAUUCACAUUGUGAACAUACGGAGCCAUGGUCUUAUAAGCAUUUUAAAUCUUCUCCAGCACUUAAUGAUUCUGAAAAAACAGCUAAAAUAAGGCCUCAAACAGCAGCAUUGUCUAUACCACAAAAAAAGGUGUCAUCACCUCCCUUCCCUUUGUCUCCUCUGGGUAAAAAUUCAUCUAAAAAUGAAAAAUUGGGAGGAUGCAGAAAUAUUGAUACUACGUUGGAUGAUGAGAAUUUGCUUGUUAAUGAUGCGGAACAAUCACUUGAGAGAACUUGUCAAGGCAUUUUAUCUGUACAGGAGGUGCCAAGUAACUCGCAGUUCAAUUCCAAAUAUGUUCAGCAAAAGUCUGAGAUUUUUAUUCCUGAUAACAUGAUUGAUAUGAAAGAGUAUUGGAGUCAUCCUUCUAGCUUUCCUCCUCAGGAUGCCAAGUUAUGUGGAUCUGUGAGUAAACUGCCAGUUAGAAGGUCCCUGGUUGGUUCAUUUGAGGAAUCUUUGUUAUCUGGUCGCCUACUAUCUGGGAAAGUUAGUCAGAAAAUUGAAGGCUUUCUUGCUGUGCUGAAUGUAACUGGCGGCAAUUUCUCACCUCAGUCACAAAAAAUACCAUUUGCAGUAACCAGCGUGGACGGAGACAAGUACUUACUUUACUAUUCAUCAAUUAAUCUUUCAGGAAAGCUAUUAUCAAGCAAGUCUAGAGUCACUAAAUUUCAGAGAACCCUUAGCAUGGAUGAAUCACGAUCUGAAAAGAGCCGUAUACGGAUACCUAUGAAAGGACGUAUUCAACUGGUUCUCAGCAAUCCAGAGAGGACACCUAUCCACACCUUCUUUUGCAGUUAUGAUUUGAGUGACAUGCCAGCUGGUACCAAGACAUUCUUGCGGCAAAAGAUCACUUUAACAUCCUCAUCUAGAUCAAUCUCUACGACGGGAAAAGAAGGCCAUACAGAUUCUGACAUCACUGAUGCCAAGUUCUCAUUGAGCUCAGUUACCAGUCAUGGAGAUAAAGAUCAUCUCACCUCAAAAUGUGGAGAGUUUGAUAGUUUAACAUGUACAAAGGCUGGUAAGGAAGAAAACUUGUGUUCAAGAACAUGCCUGGUUAACGAAGACAAAUUUCUACAUGGUUUUUCAAAGGCUAAUGACAAUACUAUUAACACACGCAUAUUGCUUUAUGCACUUCACCUUCGCUUUAUAUGCCCCUUCCCUAAAAGACGUUCAAGGUCUGUUCACAAGUCCAAAUCUGACCCUCCCUCUGCAGAAGGAAGAAAUAUUAUGGACAAUGAACACGAAAGAAAUUUCUACUUGUAUGAUGAUAUGAGGGUAGUGUUUCCUCAGCGUCAUUCAGAUUCUGAUGAGGGCAAGUUACAUGUGGAAUAUCAUUUCCCUUCUAAUCCAAAAUACUUCGACAUCAGCUGCUGAAAUGCCGCUUCUCGCUCAGUGGUUUUUGUACAUAUAGUUGUAAAUGUUCAGUUAACCAUUUUGUACAUAUUGUACCUUAUACAAUUUAUUUCUUAGAAUAUUUGAGGCCAUUUGCAUCCAUGUAAUUUGUAAUUUUGUAAAUUGGAUAGUCGCUGUCCAUUUUUUAUUCACAGUACUUUGAUUAAUUGUGCUGUUACUCUCCUACAACUGGCAUUAGAUGGCUCAAUUGAGAUCUGUGGCCGAAACAGAAAUACCAUUAUGCUCAUACAAUAAGAGUGACAUCAAACACAAUAUUCUCUAAGUUUCAUAGAAGAUGAGAAGUAAGACUAGAAGAGGUUAAUGGGCAAGG